AUGGACGAAGGUAUAACCCCCAUCAAGUACAACACAUCGGCGCUGCCAACGCUCAACUCUAACCUGCUCAAGUCCCUCAGCUCGGUCCACCUGCCGCCCCCUCCCAGCACUCGCGCCAUGUCGUCACGUACCUCCUCUUCAAAGAUGUACUGCUACACCCCCGAGUCCAGCCAGGGCAAGCAGCAGCGCUACAACCAGAACGGCCAGCAGCAACAGCAGCAACAGCAGCAACAGACGCCAGCAGACUACUCGCCUCAUCUCGGCGACGUGAACCUGUCCAUGUCCAACGUCAUGUAUACGCCCCCUUCGUCGCAGCAGCGGUUUGUCAACACCAACCAGAAGCAGCAGCACAAUAACUCUCAGCAGCCGUACUUCACGCCCACAGUGCCUCAGUCUAUGCGAUACAAGGUCGAUAAGGAGAACGUGCCGCUCUAUUCGCCAGACCUCAAGGCCUCCACCAAGCCGCCGCAGCCUUUCUUCUGUGUCGACAACAAGGACGCCAACAGCAACAGCGCCUCACCCGUUGACGCUCCAGCCAAGCUGCGGAUUCCCGAGCCUAACGAGUUCCCCGAGAUUGUGGACGAGGGCACCAAGCCGCCGUUCUCGUACGCACAGCUCAUCGGCAUGGCCAUCCUGCGGUCGCCCAACCGCAAGCUCACGCUGUCACAGAUCUACGAGUGGAUCAACACCACGUUCAAGUGGUACUCGCAGCAGAAGAGCGGAUGGCAAAACUCCAUCCGACACAACCUGUCGCUCAACAAGGCAUUCAAAAAGCAGGAGCGCCCCAAGAGCGACCCCGGAAAGGGUAACUACUGGAUGAUUGAGCCGGGCAUGGAGCAGCAGUUUCUCAAAGAGCGUAUCAAUAAGAAGCCCGCUCCUCAGCAGGAGUCUCGAUACUCGCGAGAGGCCAUGUCGCGCUCCAACAGUGACUCAAUGGGCCAGGGCUCUUUCGGUGAGUCCCACGGUCCUCCCCCCAGCCAGUUCAUGGGUGUCAUGUCUCCUUUCAAGGCCACUCCCAUGCAGAACGGUGCUGUUCAGGGCCAGAUUCCCAUGCAGAUGCCUACGUCGAUUAGUCAUCACACCCAGCAACAGCAGCAGCAGCCUCAGCAAGUCCAACAUACACAGCAGCAGCCUCAGCAACAGCAGCAACACCAUCAGCAGCACCAGAACCAGCAUCAGCAUCAACAGGGACAGCAGCAGCACCAGGUGCCGCACCAUGGACUAGGCCAGAGCGCGCCUUUGCACGGAGGAAUGACACACAGCGACUUCUCGCAGGCAUUCCCCCACUCCCACUCUGCAUUGGCCCACGGGCUGGAGCUCCAUGCAGCCAUGCAUAACCCCAACCUACAGUCGCCGCUUCGGCUCAAGAAGCCCGACGACAGCACCGACGACGAGGACGAGGACAACGCGUCGAGCCAGGGCGUCAGCAGCAGCAACACCAGUAGCUUGGGCGAGCCAACUACUGACGCCAUUCUGUUGCAGACCCCGCAGCGAGGUUCUGUGCUUGACCAGCUCCGAACUCCUGAGAAGAGCACUCCCGGCAAGCGACGGGGCACAAGCACUCUGAACUCCGGAGACUCGGACUCCCAUAUUGGAAGCGACGGGGCCAGCGAUCUGCGACCCACGGCGCUGGCCCGAUCUGUGAGCGAGCAGUCGUACCCGUUUGCGACUCCGGUGCGAAAGUCGCUGGGCCUCGACUCCCUCAAGCAUUUCUCUUCCACCUCGCUGUCUCUGGACUCGCCCACACGGGGCAAGCACUCUCUGGACGACCUGGACAUGUACCCCAUGACCCACAGUGCCAAGCGGCGGAUGCUCAACAGCGGGCGAGCCGCUCACAUGCUCGGUGGAGGUGUCAGCCUGGGUACACUGAAGCUUGAUGCUCAGUCGCAGUCCAUGAUGCCUCCGACGUCAUGGUCUUCCGGAACUUCGUUUGGCUACUCGUCAAUGACCGAGUUCUCUUUCGGACGGUAUGGCAAUUCGCCCGUCCGAGGUGGAGGCACUGGCGGCAGCAACGCACUCAGUGCUGUGGGCUCGGCUGCUCUCUCCACAGCCGCUGCUCUUUCUCCAGUUCGUAACGGAGGCCUUACACUGGCCCCUCUAACCCCCGCUACUACACUGGCCCCUCCCGUGUCGAACCUCCCGUCCUUCACCUCUCCUCGGUUCCGGUCUCCUCUGCAUAAGUCUGUUCUGUCGGACUCCCCCCGAGGCUCUCUGAUGGGUCCUCCUGUAACAUCUCGGGAGCUGGACGAUCUGGCCCAUUCGCCUUCGUCGCGACGUGUGCAGGCCUUGCUGGAUGAGGACGACCACAUUUCCCGCGCGUGCUUUGGCUCGCCUGGCAAGCGGGCGGCUCGAUCGCAGCAGUUCCUGGACCACUCGGUGUUAUUUGAGCACUCUGGCGACCACGUUGACGUGUUUGGCGUGGAUGUGUGUCAGGUGGUUCGACGGGCAGUGGAGAAUGGCGGCGCUGACGGAGGCAAGAGUGCUUCUCCCGGAUCUGGUAACUGGGAUUCUAUUGAUUUUCGACGAAUGAUUAUUGAGGAGGGUAUUCGUCUGGACAGUCCCAUCAAGACGCAGGACGGGUACCGGAUCGGUCUUUCUCCCUCCCGGCUCCGACGAUGA